AUGCUUAUGAUGAUUCGACGCUAUUGUUACUUGAAAUCGGACAUAGUUGCUAAUGAGAUUAGAUUAAAUUGUUCUCUCAAGUUUCGCGUGUUUUUAUUGAUUUGUGAUAUAGGCAUUUAAGGUACUCAAUUUGGAAUGAUUUUUCUAUGCAAAUAUUGUGAGGAAUAUCAAGAUUACAUUUUGAUGGUACUCCUAAUUACUAUGAUUACUUAAUUGCUCUAAAUAUUCCUGAUGAUCUUUGAGUAUAAGAAACGAGUUCCAUUAUAUUUUGCUCAUAAAAUUUAUUGGAUAGCGAGUUGGAUUGUGCUUCUUAUUAUAACCAGCUUGAUCUUAUAUUAUUAUGGCUAUUUAACCAACAUGCCUUAUCUAAUUUUUGGUAGAAUAAUCUUUAUAUCAAUUCUUUUGAUUUACACUCUCUUUGUUAGAAAGUAAGACUUAGCAGAAUUUGAAGAUUUGGGAUUUUUUAAUAGCGAAUUACCAGAUGUCGACAUUUCCUCAUUGGAAUAGAAACUGAGGAUUUCAACUUUAAAUAAUUUUCAAACUCAAUUUUUUUCAGUGGAACUCUAAAAGAUUUGGAACAUUGUGGACAAUGAUAUUGAAAUUAAAAUGAACAUUCAUUUGAUUGAUUAAGAAAAGAGUAUAAAAUUGAAGAAGAGAGUCUCUCAAUUAUUUGAAAUGCACCAUCAAUUAAUCAUAGAAUGUUAAGCCUAUUUUGAAAUGCACAAUAAUGAUUUACUCUAAUUAGAAUAUUUGAUUCGGUAGAUCUCAGAUAAUACAGACUCGCAAUUAAUUAACUACAUACAAAAAUACUUCAAUGUUCUGAUUAGCAAGGUUGAUUUAUUAUCCAAUACAUUUUUGGACUUCAUUGAAUUUCCUUAGCAAGAAAGAGAAUUGUUGAAUGAUAUCAAAUUAUAACACCGACAACUUCAUAAGUCAUCUCUGAUUAAGAAGCAAUAAACCAGUCUCCCUUAUAAGAAAUGGGAAUUGCACAAACCCUAUAUUCCCUACAUGAAUGUGAAAAUCAAGGAACAUCAAACAAUCAAGCAACAUGGAGAUUCCUACAUCUAGUAUUCAAUAGUGAUCACAAUUAAUUAAGAAACUCUAAUGUCAUAGAAGAGAUUUAGAGAGUUUCAUGAUUUGAAUGAAUAAUUAAAAUAAUAAGGAAUCAAGUACUCAUCCUUAUUCCCACAAAAGAGUAUUGGAAAGCUAACUGAAGUGGAUUUAGAGGAACGUCAAAAAGAUUUAGAAAUCUAUUUAAAAGUAUUAUUAAACGACAGAAAGAACCAUAGUUGUUUGCCAUUAUUCAAAUUUGUAGGCUUAUCUGCAAAUUAAGAUCCCUUUUUAAAGAAAUAAUAUUCUCGUAUGCAAAGAGAUGUAGAGUAAGUAUCUUAAUCUACAGUCAAAUUCUUAUAAUAUGACGAUGCUUAGGAUCAAAAUGGAGAUAAAUAUUAUAAAUAUCAAUUUUAGAUUAUCAACCAUAAUAUCUUUAAUUAAUAUCACAUCAUUUCUAAAAGAUACUCUUAAUUUCAUGAAUUACACAGGAUUUUAAAAAAGAGGGUUCAAUUCUUGCCUUUAUUACCAUAAAAGUUAAGUGCAUUGUAACAGAAUAUUAAUCCAAAUCAAAGAAGUGGACUGCUCCUCUAAUAUCUGAAUGAAUUGAUAAAGAAUCCAUUAGUUUGUGAGAACCCUCACUUUAGAUAAUUUAUUGAUAUCCCUUUUUUUGAUUUUGAAUCUGAUGAAAUAACCUUAUCAGAAACAAAGAGCUAGUUUAAUCAAAUCUUUAGGUCAUAAGGAAAUGAUUCAAUAAUUAAAAAGAUAGAUGAUAUGAAGAUAAGAUUAUGGGAUUGA